AUGAAUCGAGCCAUUACGGCCUCGUGGGGCCGUAAAGGUGGGGGGAUCAACCUCAAUGCACCGCUCCCGAGCAGCAUACCCGCAGCAUCGACGUCUGCAAAGCAUGACCAGGUCGCUGCUACGUCAAAUGCGCCAGGUGACGGCGCGCUCGCCGUGGUUCCUCCCGGUUCUGCUGCUGCUGCUGCGCAGGAGAGGCUCAGGCUGCAGCAGACGGAUCCACAAGAUGCUGCUGCCAUCGAAGGGCGUCCUCCGGAGACCAUUAGAAGUCCGCCCCCCACAUCUCUGACUUACGCCAGUCCUGAAGGAAGUGGAAAACUAGAGGCACAAGCCGGUCCCUCGCGCAUUCGAGCAGAAGGUUCACCAACGCCGGGAUCUUCCGCUCCACGAAGACGCACCAAGCGAGACGCGACAUCAGGCUCCUCGCGUGGAGAUUCGAAGCGGACACGUUCAGGUCUCCCUGGAGGUACUGAUGGCGAUUCGAUGGCGGGCAGCUCUCGCCUGGCGGAAAAGUAUCGCCCACCGCCGACUCGAUUGAAGGAUCUGGGAGGCAUCAGCUCAGCUGUGGAGAAGGUGCUGGAGUUGAUCGCACUGCCGUUGUGCCACCCGGAGAUCUAUACUCAUACUGGUGUCACACCGCCUAGAGGGGUGCUGCUACAUGGACCUCCUGGAUGCGGCAAGACGAUGUUGGCGGGUGCAGUAGCUGGGGUGAGGCUGCAUGGUCGCUAGGGGAACACCGCGAGGUGGCACUCCGCUGACCUGCCGCAUUAUGACACUCUGCAGGAUCUCUCGCUGCCCUUUCUCUCGGUCUCGGCGCCUUCGAUCGUCAGCGGCACGUCUGGCGAGUCGGAAUCUACCUUGCGAUCCUUAUUCGAAGAGGCGGCAAGAAUCGCUCCUUGCAUUCUCUUCAUCGAUGAGAUCGACGCCAUCACGCCCAAACGCGAGACAGCUCAGCGAGAGAUGGAGAGACGGAUAGUGGCACAGCUGCUCACCUGCCUGGAUGGUGAGUGAUAUCUUCAGCACCUAGUACGUUCGCUUCCAAUGCAGGCGUCACGUUGUCUCACGCGGAUUGCUGCCUCCUUUGCAGAUCUCAAUUGGAACAAGACGGAUGGCAGACCUGUGAUGGUCAUAGGUGCCACCAACAGACCCGACUCUCUCGACUCAGCGCUGCGUCGAGCUGGUCGCUUCGACCACGAAAUAGCGCUGGGUGUACCGGACGAGAAAGGCAGGGAAGCGUGAGUGUUCUGCCAGAGUUCCACUGCAAUGCUGUCAAGUGCACAGCACUGCGUUGCCUAUGAUGAGAAAUUCUUCCGGGCCGCAAACCCGACACGCAUGCUUAGUCGUCAUGCAGUGUGCUGCCCUCGCGGUGAUGCCCUGCGUGACGGUCAGGCAUUGUGCGAUUUACAACCCAUUCAAGUCCCUGAGCCUCACGCCAGUCGCUUUGGCUUGACACACAUUUGCAAUGUGCAGUGCUUGCGUCCCGAUGAGCGGUUGCUGACACCGUGCACCUCGUCACAGCAUCCUCCGAGUCUUGUCCUCGUCGCUCCGACUCAACGGCGACUUCGAUUUCGCUGCGCUCGCAAAAGCGACGCCAGGCUAUGUUGGCGCGGAUCUGGUCGCCCUUACUGCGGAAGCGGGCGUGAGAGCCGUCAAGCGCAUCUGGGGAGAGUUGGGGACGAUAGAUGCGCCCGAGUCGCUACAGACCGCUGUCGAAGGACCACAACAAUCCCAAGUGAACAUGGACGGCGAUCAGAUCGCUGAUGUCGACAUGGACGGAUCGUCUGCGCAGCACUCCCACUCCAUUGAGGUGCAGCCAGCGAAAAUAGCCACAGAGCCUCCGGCGCAGAUCGAGACUUUCGUAGCAAGCGAUCGAGACGGUGUUGCUAUCCCAACGCAGUCAUUUUUUGAAUCUUUGCCUCCCUCGCUGCAAUCGUCUUCGAUUGCGACCUUCCUGCGCACGCACAAGGGCGCGCUUACCACCGAACAGCUGGAAAGCAUUUCAAUCACUCCCGAAGACUUCCUCGGCGCGCUUGCAUCAGUGCAGCCCUCAUCAAAGCGAGAGGGCUUUGCUACUGUUCCAGAUGUUACCUGGGCAGACGUAGGAGCGCUCAGAGAGACGCGAGACGAGCUCUGCAUGGCGAUUGUAGAACCCAUACUUCGACCAGAGCUUUUCGCUGCUGUUGGAGUCUCCGCGUCUUCAGGAGUACUGCUGUGGGGUCCGCCUGGAUGCGGCAAGACACUUGUUGCCAAGGCGGUGGCCAACGAGUCUAGAGCCAACUUCAUUUCCGUCAAGGGACCCGAGCUCCUCAACAAGUACGUAGGGGAGAGCGAAAAAGCUGUCAGGCAGGUGUUUUCCAGGGCGAGGAACAGCAGCCCUUGCGUCAUCUUUUUUGACGAGCUAGACGCACUCGUGCCUCGACGUGACAGCCAGCUUUCGGAAGCGAGCGCGAGGGUGGUCAACACACUGCUAACGGAACUCGAUGGAUUGGAGUCGCGCAAACAGACGUAUGUCAUUGCAGCCACAAACAGACCGGAUAUGAUUGACCCUGCCAUGUGUCGACCUGGUCGACUGGACAAGCUGCUCUACGUCGACUUGCCAGAUCCUCAAGAGAGAGCCGAGAUUCUGAGGACCCUCACGACCAAGAGUCCGCUAGCAGGCGACAUUGACCUGACAGUCGUAGCUCUGGAUAGACGAGCUCAUGGCUUCUCGGGCGCAGACUUGGCUGCUCUGACCCGAGAAGCUGCGGUCACAGCUCUUCGAGAAAGCCUCUCGGCCGCACGCAGAGCCGAGCGAGAAGGGGGCAAUGCUCCGCCCGGGAUGCUACCCAGUGUGCUCAUCCACGCCAAGCACUUUGAGAGCGCUCUGGACAAGGUCACGCCCAGCGUCAGCCAAGCCCAGAGGAACAAGUAUGCCGCUCUCAGAAGCCGUUUGGCUGGCAGUCCAGCAGGCGCUGGGCCUCUGGAGAGAGCUGCCCCUCCGCCAGAGGCAGCCAAAGCAGUCGGUGAAGAGGGUGCAAUCCCCUCAGAGAACGUCGCAAAGAGCGUCUCCUGA